UGCAAAGCUCCAUGUGACGAUCUGUCAUCUCAGAAGAGACUCUUCCUGACUGAAAGGACUUACACAACAGCGAGGAUGAAAGUCGUGGGAUCUACAUGCGCUCUGAAGAGCAAGGUCGGUGGAGACGAUGUGGUCCGCUGCCUGUCGGAUCAGAGCCUGAGCAUCUCCAAGUGCAAGCUGCCGUUGCUGGAUGAGCACAUGAGCGUCUUCCUGCAGGACAUGAACAGCUGCUACAGCAAGCUCAAGGAGCUGGUGCCCACACUGCCUGCCAACAAGAAGGCAAGCAAGGUGGAGAUCCUGCAGCAUGUCAUUGACUACAUCUGGGAUCUUCAGGUGGAGCUCAACGAGCCUGGCAAGAAGAUCUCCUCCACUCCACGCAGUCCUCUCACUACUCUUAACGCAGAGCUCGGCAGCAUCUCUGUCGAGAAUGGCUGCUCUGAUGACAGAAUUGCGUGCCGUUAAGGAAGAAGAUACACCAGGACAACUCCACUGGUCCCAUUGGUGCAACUUAAGAGCAUCUCUGACCAACCAAGAAAGACCAAGAGUGCUGCUUCCCUCCACACGCCUUGAAGUGUGUGUGUGUGUGUGGUGGGGUCUGGUGAUUUCCAUCCGGUGUACAGCAGACUGUGGUCAAAUCUAUGAGGACAUUCCUCGGGUCAAAUCUCUGAAAUAUGUGAUGAUCAUCCAUCCCUAGAUUGGUCAUAUUUCACAUGGGCUGCACAGAUGGCUGUCUGCUGUGGAAUCCACGGCACCGUUAACAACACACAGCCAGCCAGCCCACUAAUCUGUUUUUCUUUUUUUGUAUACUUUGCUUUAUUCCCAAUGCUUUUAUAUGGUCACAUCUUUAGAAAGAUUUGAUAUUGUGUUCUUAUAUAAAGCCUUGAUUUCUCAGAUUGCUGAGCAAAACAGAAUGUAUUGUAUAUUACAAUGGAUGUCUUAUUGUGUUUUUACAAUGUGUACAUAUCUAUGUGGUUUUUUUUAUUAAAACAAGACCAAAAAACCCCCCCUUUA